AUGCAAUACAAUGCACCAGAGACUAUAUACCACAAACAGGCACGAGCAAUACAAGAACAAGGGGGGAAAAAGUUUGAGAAGUUAAGGAUAGCCUUUGAACGCUCUCAGGCUGAGCUGAAACUGGAACAAAAAUCAAGAUCUAAUGCUUUGGUUAAGAAGCCAGGAAAGAGGCCACCAGGUCGACCCUCACAGGAACCUAUUGGCUCUGAUUUCUCCUCAAGGGCAACUCCUGCUACUACUGGUGAUCUACAGCCAACAUCUUAUCCAGUGCAAGGGGGUAGCUGGAGAGGUCUUCUCUCUCAGAUGGGAAGGAGGUCGUUAGCGCUUGAUGAGGAUCAUCGUGCAUCUUAUAAUAUGUCAAAUCAAUCAAUUACACGAUCAGAUUCAAUAUUUAUGACUUUUGAGACUGAACCAAAGCAUCUAGUCACUGUAUAUUACUCCUAUGCUAGGAGUUUGGCUCGAUUUAGUGCUAGUCUAGGGCUUAUUGCUUGGAAAGUUGCUUCCCAGAAGAUUCAGCAGACGCUGUCAGAUGGCUAUAAAUUUGGUCAUGGUUGGGUUGGAGUGUAUGAACCACUUUCAACCCCAGGAUUAAUGUUUAACAACCAUAUCCAAAAGGAUGAUAGUCUGGUUAGGAAGUUGCAUUCUAGUAGUGAAUUUAUAAAGGGUGAUAGAAAUUGUAAGAUUGUGGAACCCACUGUUGAACACCAUGGCAAUGGGCAAGUUUUUCAGGGAAAGCAGUCUUCAAUUUGUCCUCCCAAUGGGCUUGCAUCAGAGGGAAAACCCUUUUUGUUUGGUUCUGGAGGGAUAAGGCCCAAUACUUCUGCAGACCUUGACAAUCUUGAUAAUCAGAAACAGAGUGUCCAAUCGAAGAGUUUCAGCAAGUCUGAGACUCAAGGUUUCAAACAAGUGGGGUUGAACUCUGCACUUUCAGCUAAUCAAAAUAAUUCCAAUUCAGUUGCUAAGUUUCCAAGUAAUGCUCCUCCAACUUUGUCUAAGCCCAGAGAAAUGGUAUCAAGGAGCAUGAAUGCUGCUCCAUCUGUAUUGUUCAAACAGCCGGACACUAAUGGAGUUGUUAGUGGAGAAUUGUCGAAUGGAAAAGUCAUGAAUGCCAGUUCUAAUAGAGAGGUGACUGGUCCAUCAUCCGAAGGUACAUCAAACCAAGCAGGGAGAGCAGCUCCUCCUGUCCAUGGCAAGGAGCAGAGUCCUGAAAGGGCUCAAAAACAACAAGCUUCAAAUCAUUCCCGGGGUAAUGCUCAGCCAGUCAUACCAUCAGAUGGACCUGGACAGAGAGAUGAUUCAGCCAAUGCUUCAGCAGCAGCUGCUGCUGCUCGUGCAUGGAUGUCUGUAGGGGCAGGAGGCUUUAAGCAAGUACCUGACAAUUCGAGCUCACCCAAAAAUCAGAUAUCUGCAUAUUCAUUGUACAAUUCGUCAAGAGAGUUGCAGCAGCAUACAUCCCAGAUUCGGGGGAACUUUCCUUCUGGAUCAGUGCCUUUCCAAUCUGACAAGAACAAUUUCCAUUUCAAGCACUUGCACCGCAACCUGCUGCCUUACAAUUUCCAAACAGACCUAUGGAUCGCCUGCAAAGCAAUCAUCAGGGGUCGUUGCCUCACAGCAACCAGACCUAGCUUUGCAGCUAUGAUGUGGCAUUGCUGUCUUGAUGUUUCCAAAGGAAUUGAACUUAUUAGAACUGGGUUCCUCUCAUUGGAUUUUGAAUUUUCAUCCCAGAAGGCCUGCAUACAUGUGAGAGAGAUAAAGGUCUACCUUGGUUACGAUUUGGUGCAAGACUGCAAGGUAGUGCUGAUUCAAAAAUGUGCUUGCAAGUUCGGAAGACUCAUGGUGGAUUAA